AUGGAAGAAUACAAACCUCCAGCUCUACCCUCUCCCUUCAACAACACUACCCCACCACCAAUACUCCUCACCCAAGGCGCCGAAGCCCACCUCUACAAAACCACUUCUCUGAACCCCUCCACACCCGCCGCACUGAAGAUCCGCCCCUCAAAACCCUACCGUCACCCCAUUCUCGACCGCCGCCUCACCCGUUCACGAAUCACCCAGGAAGCCAGAUGUCUAGCAAAACUAGUACGUGAAGGCGUGAGCGUGCCCGCUCUCCUCGCCCUGGACUGGGAGGGCCACGGCGGAGAAGACGGCGGAUGGGGCGGAGCAUGGUUAAUGAUGGAGUGGAUCGACGGUGACGUUGUGCGCGUCGCUCUUGAAAAAUGGGAAGCGUGGAUGAAGAAGGCCACGCUGAACGACGAGCAGACACAGGCGCAGGAGGAUCGCGUGCGCGCCCUGAUGCGAAAAAUGGGCGCUGCUAUCGGUGCGCUGCACAAGGCGGGUGUCGUGCACGGAGACCUGACUACGAGUAACCUGAUGCUACGGCCCUUUGCGAAUGCGAAUGCGGAUGCGGAAGGCAAGGCGGAUCAUGAUACUGAGCUGGACGGUGACGUUGUGCUGAUUGACUUCGGGCUGGCGUCGCAGAGUGCGCAGGAUGAGGACCGCGCGGUGGAUUUGUAUGUUCUCGAGCGCGCCAUUGCUAGCACGCAUCCGCGAUCCGAGACGCUAGCGGAGGAUUUGAUCGUUGGAUACCGGGAUAGUUACAAGGGGGCACCUUCUGCGCUGAAGAGGUUGGAGGAUGUGCGCAUGAGAGGUCGCAAGAGGAGCAUGCUUGGUUAA